AUAUAUAUAUAUUGAUUCCAAUAUAUUGUGUCAUUAAUUAUAUGUAACUCCUAAACCGUGACCCUUAGUAUUGGAGAUUAAGAGCAAUAGUAACCGGUAUCAAGGAGAAGAGGAGAAGGGCAGUUGUCGUGUAUCUGGCAGCGUGAGGCGGGUGGAGCCCUGAGGUGGACGCUGAGACACUCAGUCAUUGAACCACCACAGCCUGUGGUACAUGCCAAGUGCAUUUACUCUGGCUCGCCUCGCUUCUACCGAUUGCUGAACUUGCUAAACGAUCCUCAGUUCAUCCACAGUGUGCGGCAAGAAGACGAGAGGCAUAGCGUAUAGACAGUGAUUAAUAUAAUUAUCUGUAGUAAGAAAACACAGAAAAUAUAAAGAUACUCUCCUGCAACAUGUCUAGUUACACGAGGCGACAAUGGAUCACGUUAGUUGUAUUCAGUUUGGCGCAGUUCUGCAACGCCGUGUGUGUGUCACUUCAAGCACCUUUCUAUCCAGCGGAAGCAGAGAAGAAGGGCGCCACCGCUUCCCAGUAUGGUCUAGUUUUUGGUAUUUUUGAACUGACAGUGUUCUUGGUGAGCCCCAUUUAUGAAUUCAUGAGUACAUGGGGUCCCAAGUUUAUCAACAAUGCUGGCAUCUUCACAGUCUCAGUCAUGUGCAUCCUCUUCGGGUUCCUCGACCGUAUGGACACCACCUCCCUCUUCAUCGGCUUCUCAUUCGCCAUCAGGAUUGUGGAGGCGAUGGGCAACGCAGCUUUUGUAACCUCCGCCUUCAGCAUCAUCGCCAAGGAAUUCCCCAAAAAUGUUGGUGCUGCGUUUGCUACUAUGGAGACUUUCUUUGGGUUAGGACUCAUUGUUGGACCUACGGUAGGAGGUGCUCUCUACGAACUGGGCGGCUACACUCUUCCCUUCGUGUCCCUGGGCAGUGUGCUUCUCGGGGCAGCCAUCAUGACCAGCUGCCUCUUGCCCUCCACAGGAGCUGAUGCUACACCUGAAUCUCUGGAUUCUCGAGGACAGUUUUCCUCAGCUCUUCGGAUUCCAUCAAUUAUACUGAUGUGUUUAGCUCUUUUGUCGUCUUCCAUUAGCAUUGGCUUUAUGCAGGCGACACUAGAGCCCCAUCUACGUCCUCUGAAUCUAUCGCCUUUUAAGGUGGGGCUUAUGUUCGUGCUCAGUGGUUCAAUGUACGCAUUGACUGCACCCUGCUGGGGAUCGUUGUGUGAUAAAUUAGUUCCUCCUCGAAUUAUCACCACACUCGGUACUGUUGUGGUGGUAAUUGCUUUUAUUUUUGUGGGACCUAUGCCUUUCCUCCCACUGGAAACAACCCUUCCUCUGUGUAUCGGCUCGCUCAUCGUUCACGGAAUUGGAUUCGGUGCAGUGUUAGUGUCGACCUUCUCUGGUUGUCACCGAGAUGUUAUAGCGAAUGGAUUCCCUGAUGACCUGCACACUUACGGCCUGGUGUCUGGAAUCUGGACGUCGACUUUUGCCCUUGGAUGCUUCAUUGGACCAUCCGUUGGUGGCGUUCUUCUGGAUCUAGUGGGCUUCAAGUGGGCGUCUGUGUUUGUAGCAGGACUGCAUGCAUUGGUGGCAUUAUCUUUAGGAAUUUUUAUAUGUCUUAAGGGAAGUGGAAACGAAAUGGUACGUACAAGUGUGCAUGACAGCCUAUCUCAGACAAAAGAUGAGCUCCACGGACUUCUGUCCCACGUGGAUGGAGAGUGUGACUCCACUUAUGGUAGCGCGGGGUCUUCCCAAGAGAACCUCCCCAGCAUACCUUGAGUGAUUUUUAGUUCCUUGCACUUUACAGUAUCCUGCUUCGCUUUGUCCAUCGUGUUGGCAAACUGACUCGACGCUGGUGCCUUACCAACACUAAAAACUAAUUGACAAGAGCAGGGAAGGAUCUCUCAUGGCACAGUUUUUUGCCCAAGGUCUUCGGCAGUAUCCUGUGUCCUGAUUUUUUAUCUACAUUAUGUCGAGUCGUGUGUGAAGGGAAAGGAAUUAUUGGUUCCCUUUUUGUACAAAUUGACCUGGUAGACUUUCCUUGAUGGAAAUUGUGUAUAUUAUGAUGAACUAUCAUUACAAAAUGACAAAGGCUGUAAAUAUUAGUUUUUAAUAAUAAGGUGAUCUUAAUAGUCUGUGAUAUACCUUUCAUCAUGAUGUAAGAGAGCCUGCCGAUCACCAUAGUGUAUCCGGCUUAUUUUUAAGCAUAUGUAUUUUUAGUGCCAUAAAUUAUCAUUACUUUUUAAAUAUUUUUAUUGUUAAUAAUGACAGCCAUAGUAUUUUUAAUGCAAAUAAAAGUGUAUACUCAG